UGAAAACAAACAACAGCUGAUCGGUAAUGUGAUGUGGGAGAAGUGGACGAUUUAAAAUAAACAAUAGUUAUAACAAUGUCUUCUUGUUCCGCUGCUGAAAUUGCCGAAAAGAAAAGGAUCGCGCUGGAAAAAUUAAGAGCCAAAAAGGCGAACUUGGCUACCGCAAACAAUAAUAAACAAAUAAGUGCAAAUCAGCCAAAAGUUGCGCCAAAUAUUAUUGCUGCAGCCCCAACGACGAAUACCGCACCUAGGAUAGAAAAUAAAGCAUCAUCAUUUCUAGAUGCUCUAAAAGGAAGUAAUAUAUUUAAACAACGCCAAGAAACACAGCAUUUAGCUCGAGAUGCCGCGCAUCCUUACAAGAGGCCUGCAUCGUUGGGUGAUGUGGGAAGUUUCAACAAAAGAAAAUCAGUGGAGGCCGUUAAUGACAAGCCAAGUGGACCCAUUCUUGGUCUGGGUCAACCUCAAAAGACAGCGGUAGCGUCAGCGUUUUUAAAUUCCGUCAGCUGUAGGGUGACUAUGAUAAGUGUCGCACGAUUUGAAGUUCAACCAUCUGGCUAUCAUAGUAAACUCAUUGAGGUUUUUAAAACAAUACCCUCAAAGUCUUAUGAUCCAACAACUCGUUACUGGAAUUUUGCGUUGUCUGACUAUAAAACACUUCAAGAACGGGUAAACAACUUGAAACCAGAUGUAGUAAUGGGUAUUAUACCCAAAGCCGUGUUAAAUUUAUGUUUAGCUCCACCAAAACAGUUAGACAACUCAUGUUUAGAGUCAUUGGAACCUACUUUGGCAUCAAAAUUAAUGCCUUUUCAAAGGGAAGGGGUCAGUUUCGCAUUAUCUCAAAAUGGUCGUUGCAUGAUAUGCGAUGAGAUGGGUUUGGGUAAAACCUACCAAGCGAUUGCCGUGGCUGACUUCUACAAGGAAGACUGGCCCCUUUUCAUAUGUACAACAGCCUCCACCCGCGAUUCUUGGGCGAAUCAUAUACGGCAACUUUUACCAUACGUUCCUUUGCAUUAUAUACAAGUGCUCAACUGUAAUCAACAGUACAUUGGAGACUGCAAAGUUCUCAUAACCAGCUACAGCAUGAUGGAACGCAAUAUACAACAAAUAAUGAAUCGUAAAUUCGGUUUCCUGAUAUUCGAUGAAUCGCACAGUUUAAAAAAUCCUAAAGCCAAAUGCACAAUGGUAGCCGAUCGAUUAUGUCAGCAAGCUAAGCACGUGCUUUUGUUAUCUGGUACACCUGCCUUAUCCAAGCCAGUGGAACUGUUCAGUCAGUUACAAAUGGUAGAUCGAAAAUUCAUGGGGUUCAUCGAUUUUACUACUCGCUAUUGUGACGGCAAACAAACUAAUUUUGGUUGGGACGCCAAUGGUCAAUCUAAUCUCAAGGAAUUAAACGUUGUUUUGAAGCUUAAGUUUAUGAUAAGAAGAACCAAAGCUGAGGUCUUGUGUGAUUUGUCCGAAAAAUUUAGAGAAACGGUUGUCUUAGACCCUGCUCUUGUUUGGCCAAGUGAUGAAAUCAAGGAGUCUUUGGAUUCGGUGUCCAAGACUUUGCAGUGCAGCAAGGGUCACGAGAGGGAACAAAUACUUUUGCGAUUUUAUGCUCAAACUGCCGAAGUUAAAACUAAAGCAGUGUGUGCAUAUCUCAAACAGCAGGUUAAGGAACCAAAAAAGUUUAUUGUUUUCGCUCAUCACCGCGUUAUGAUGGAUGCUAUUUGUGAGUGUUUGGAUAAAUUGAAAGUGAAAUACAUUCGAAUUGAUGGUAAUACGAGAAAACACGAUAGAGGGGAAUUCAUUGACACAUUCCAGAAGAAACAGUCAUGUAAAGUUGCUGUGUUGUCAUUGGGAGCCUGCAAUUCCGGCAUAACUUUGACAGCGGCGGAAUUAAUAAUAUUUGCGGAAUUAACAUGGAAUCCAAGUACAUUGGCUCAGGCCGAAAGUAGAGCCCAUCGCAUUGGACAGCAGAAUCCCGUAACUUGCCGAUAUUUAAUGGCCUCUAAAACAGCCGAUGAUCAUAUCUGGAAUAUGCUAAAGGUCAAACAGGAUGUUCUCAAUAAAGCGGGUAUUUUUUGUGAAGAUCUUCAGGAUGCCACGCAUACGUCAGCACCAACAACAUCCAACAAAAUUGAUAAAUAUUAUACGCCCAUUAAAACAUCGAACACAGAUACUGCGCAACAGGCAUCGUCCACUACUAUUCAUAAACAAUCGAACUCCCCAAGCUCAUUACUAGGUUUAGAUAUAAGUAAGGAAAUUGAAAAUAUUGAAGAUUUUUUCCAAGAUGAAGAUGAUGAAGCCUUCAAAGAUAUUCUGUGUUAAAUAUUGUAAUUUGUUAAUGCCUUAUAAAUAUUAAAUUAAAUAAAAAAAUUGAACAUA